ACUGACUUUCAUGCUAUUCUCAGAGUAAUGAGUUUGUCCUGAGGGUACUUACAGAAAGGUCAUAAUCAAGUUCAUUUAGUGUGGUGCAUAAAGUUGAUUUUAUAUUUUAGGGUUUCCUUUGUACCAUUGGAAGAACUGGCCAGAUGGUGGCAGUAACAGAAAUGUGAGGGCGUCAAAGUCAUUUUCAGUUUCAAUCUGCCCCACAGUAGUAAAAGUAUGUUGUUAAAUCAUGUAUUGACAGACAGAUGCUCUAAGACCUUGUUCCAAAGCAGGAUAUGUAUUCUAAUCAAUUGUCAUAGGGUUAUGAUUGUCACUGUAACUUUGUUAAACAUUACAACUUGGUUGGGAAAUGAUUUAAGUUUUUCUGUAGAAAAUGACUGACAUUUCCUGUUUUGGCCAAACUGUUAAUCUGCUCUGUAUGUAUGUGUGUGUGUGUGUGUGGGUGAGGGGUAAAGAAGGUGGGACAGGUGUGAAAAAAAUGUGGUUAGGUCUAUUAAUACAUACAUAUUGUUGUUGCUGAAUGAAUUGUCUCAGUCCUCUCAAGAUGUCCUCAGAUAUUUAUGCCAAACCAGAUUUCUCAAAGAAGGUGAGAUACAACAGAAAGGUGCAGGAGGACAACGUAGAGUGGGAAGAAAGAACGGUGGCUAUCUACGAGAGUACAGACGAUAUCAGAGAUGAUCACACUGAUCUUCAGUCACACGACGGAGGACCGCACACUGAGAAUCAUCCUCCAGCCGUCCAAAGCAGGCCUUUCAGAGCUGCUGCAUUUUGUCUUGGAGUGCUGUGCUUUCUGACCAUAACUGGAAUCAUCCUCCUAUACAUACUUUAUAUUUCAGUCACUUUGGAAAAAGACCAGCUGCAGACCAGAUACGACAAACUGAACAACAACUACAGCGAGCUGCAGGGACAAAUUUCAGGGAAGUGUUGUCCUGAAGGAUGGAAGAGAUUUGGAUGCAGCUGUUACUUUAAAUCCAAUGAGAAGAAAACUUGGUAUAACAGCAAAAGUGACUGUCAAAGUAGAGGAGCAGAUCUGGUGAUCAUAAACAACGAAGAGGAACAGAAAUAUGUCACUGAGCUGAACAAGGAUGGAGACUCCUGGAUUGGUCUACGGGCCACAGAACGGACAGGAGGGGAAUGGGUGGACGACUCGCCGCUGACACUAAAGUUCUGGGCAACAGGACACCCGCACAGCAACUAUUAUUACCCUGCAGCAUGCUGCGAUAAACAAGGAAAAUGGACAACGAGCGGAUAUGAUGAUCAGAAGAACUGGAUCUGUGAGAAAGGGCUUUCCUGUUUAUCUUGAGGACAGAGGGGUGUGUAGUGUUGGGAUCAACUUUGUCAAAUUAGACCAACUCACAUUUUACAUUUCUUCAGUUGUUCAUUCUGUGUUGCAUCCUGGAUUACAACCUGGAUUACAUAGAUAUUGUUCCUCUGCCCUACACAGUGAACAGUCUGGUUGGAAGUCAUCCACACAACUACAUGUGCACUUACCCUCUCUGCAGAGAGGGAUAUUACAACAGCCUGUUUUCAAAAAGCCUAAGAUGUCACAUACAUGACAACAAGGGGAAAGACGGCUCCUUUCUGUUUCAGUGUUAUUUAAGCCAUUAUCAUAAAGGACAAACCUCAUAGGCUUCUUCCACAGACCACUUACUGAUGUAGUUACACUUGGGAGGAGGAAAGAUUAUGAAUGUGUUUUGGAGAGAAGAAUACACCUGAUUUUGAAUAAGAUUUCAAUUCAUCUUUCAUGCUUAGUUGCAUUUACACUUGGGCUGUUUUGCUAAUCAAAAGAUAUCAAAUCCACACGAUGCAUGAACUGAUAAUAAGUCACCUCCCCUGUAUGUGUGUCAGUAAGGAUGAUAUUCAAUCAUCUCUUUUGUUUUCUUCAUAAACUUACAACAGAACAGUUAUGUGUUUAACAUCUUAGGUUUAUUAUCAUCAUUGAACCAUUAAUACUUGUCACGUCAUUUCAUCUACUAGACAGAACAAAUAUAACUGGUCAACACAUCACAUUUCCUGUGUCAGAGAUGCAUGUGUGAAUAAACUAUAUGGAGAACAUGAA